AUGACAACCAAAUCAGCCCUCCUGAAGGUGAUCCUCCUCGGAGACGGCGGCGUGGGGAAAUCGUCGCUCAUGAACCGCUACGUCACCAACAAGUUCGACUCGCACCUCUUCCACACCAUCGGCGUGGAGUUCCUCAACAAGGAGCUGGAGGUGGACGGCCAUCACGUCACGCUGCAGAUCUGGGACACGGCGGGUCAGGAGCGCUUCCGCAGCCUGCGCACGCCUUUCUACCGCGGAUCCGACUGCUGCCUGCUCACCUUCAGCGUGGAUGACGGGCAGAGCUUCCUCAACCUCAACAACUGGAAGAAAGAGUUCACGUAUUACGCCGACGUGAAGGACCCAGACAACUUCCCCUUCGUGGUGCUCGGCAACAAACUUGAUGUGCCCGAGCGGCAGGUUUCAGGGGAGGAUGUGCGGAAGUGGUGCCGCGAGAACGGCGGACACCCUUACUUUGAGACGAGCGCCAAGGACGCUACGAAUGUAGCAUCCGCCUUUGAGGAGGCGGUGCGGCGCAUCCUGGCGCUGGACGACAGAGCUGAUCACCUGAUCCACACCGACACCGUGGACCUGCAGAGGAAGACUCCGCCGGAUCCCACCUGCUGCUGA